GAUGCGCAGAGGCUGCGGCGGCCGCUUCCCGCUCCCUGCCGCCUCCGCCGCCCCCUCCUCGCGGAGGGAGCCCCGCUGGCCGGAGGAAUGGGCUGCAUCGGCUCCAGGACCGUAGGAAAUGAGGUGAUUGCCGUGGACUGGAAAGGAUUGAAAGAUGUUGAUCAGAUCAAUAUGGACAGCACCAGCUCUCUCCAUGGCAGCAGCAUCCACCGACCUUCCACUGAGCAAACGCGGACAGAUUUCUCCUGGGAUGGCAUUAAUCUCUCCAUGGAAGACACAACCUCCAUCCUCCCCAAGUUGAAGCGAAACUCCAAUGCGUAUGGGAUCGGAGCUCUUGCCAAGUCAUCUUUCUCCGGGAUAUCGCGCAGCAUGAAGGAUCACGUCACCAAGCCCACGGCCAUGGGGCAGGGUCGCGUUGCACACAUGAUUGAGUGGCAGGGCUGGGGCAAAGGCAGUACCCAGCAGCAGCAGCAUACUCAUGAAACGGUGCGCAAAGAUGCAGAUGCUUACUCUGACCUGAGCGAUGGGGAGAAGGAGGCCCGAUUCCUUGCAGGGGUGAUGCAACAGUUCGCUAUCUCGGAAGCUACCCUCAUGGCCUGGUCUUCCAUGGAUGGUGAGGAUAUGAGUGUUAAUUCUAACCAUGAGAACCAAGCCGGCAACUACAAUGGAAACUACCAGGAGAUGAUGGAGAACCAGGAUCACCUGGCCCAGGCACAGUAUGAUAGCUGGCCUCACUCCUAUGUCUCUCAAGGCAUGUAUUGCCUGGGUUCCUCCGACGCCUGGGAGACCAGUGACCAGUCCCUCAUUGCUUCCCCAGCAACUGGCUCCUAUCAGGGCCAGAACUUUGAAGAGUCCCAGCCCAGCUUGCAGGAAAGUGUUCUGAUCCAGAACAACCUUAUCCAGCAGCAUCAAUUGCAGCAGCAACAGCAGCAACAAGGCCUUCUCCCAAAUACUGGCCUUGUGGAUGUGUGGCCUGCUCAGACAGUUCCUAGUGGGGAUGUCAGUGCUGAUUCCAGCACCUUUGUGGGAAUUCACACAGAAGAGGAAGGCAACCCCUUGCUGGAGAAAGCCCCACUAUUGAACAAGAAGCCCUCGCCAGAGGAGGACGAUGUUGUUUGCCGGGAUCUGGAGUCUCUUUCACCUCGGGAGGAGCCAGAGCCUGCUGUUCUCAGCCGCAAGGUCUCCGAUGUUACCUCAUCGGGAGUGCAGUCUUUUGAUGAGGAGGAAGGUGAAGCCAACAACUGAUGCUGCCAUUGAGGAACCCUUUGCCAUUAUGCAUGGGAAACACGGGUGGGGGAAAGUGAUAGGGAAACCCCUCUCCAGCUCCUGAAGUCCCCCAAGCACACGAGCACACUUCGUUGUUUUUUAGUUUUGUGGCAAAGUAAGCCAAGGACCAAAAGUGCUGGGCAGUGCUAAGUCCUCCUCUCCUCCUCCUGCACACGUUGGACUGAGCCUUCCAGAUCUACUGCCUUGGACAUGCAGACACAGAGAGCUCAGGGAAUGCAAGACGGUGGCAUCGCAUCGACUUCACUGACUGUGUGGAUACAGGUUGUGCUGGUAGCAGGGAUGCUGCUUUAGGGACACAGAUUCAGACUUAAUUCGGCACCUGAGAAGAUGCUGAACUACAUUCCUGUUUGGCUAUUGGACUGGAGGAUCUUUCAGGAUACAGGGAAGAGGUUUUUUUUAACUGUGGCAUUGUGGAACAAGAAUAGUGAGAAUUUGCAACGCAAAUGACAACCCCAGGCCUAGUCAUAAAGUGAGGUGCUAUCUGGAGAGACACUCUGCACUUGAGGGCUAGAGGACUGUGAUGUGGAGGGAGUGACUGUGGAUAUAGAACAUAACCUGAACCAGAAUGAGGCUAUGUGGGCACCAACUAUCCUAUGAUGUGGACAGAGCUGCUCUAUGAGUCCAGUCCAAAUCUCAUUCUCCAGCAUGUGUGCAUUGUUCUCUGCGGAAAUCGUCCUUAUUAACCCUGUAAUCUCUGCCUGGGAGCUGGAGAGGGGUUUCUUCCCCUAUUUAAUAUUGAGCACUGCAUGCGGGCUUGGGAAAGGGGAGGGGGUCAUCUGCCAGUUUUAUAUUUUAUGCAAGCAUGGAGUCCACUCUUUCCAGUUGUGUGCAGGGAAGACUAGGCAAAGAAACCAAGGAAAGCAAGUAUGUGUGACUUCAAUAUCACAAUUUUCCAGUUUUUCUUAAGAUUUAUGUUGCUCCCCCUCCCCAAUGAUUGUAUUUCCAAGUAACAGUUCCUGGAGCAGAAGCUAACAGAGAGAGUAUAGCCUGGGUGCCACCUAGUGUGAGGUAAUACCCCUUUCCUAGCAUGACCAGAUACUACGUAGUGCCAAAAUAUUGAUGAAGUUGAGAAGGGAAGAGAGUGAUUUUCCUCAUUCCAUUAAUCUCUCUCUCUCUCUCUCUCUCUUCUGUUGACAGUAAAUAUUUUUGAGGCCUCAUCUUGGUCAGGAAUGAGGAAAGGGUUAGUUGAGGGUUGUUAGUUUUGCAAGGUUUUUUGGGGGAGAAUUUGUAAAUGAUGAUAAAGGCAUGCUUUUGGAACAUACCCUUUGGUCUAAAGCUGUCCCUCUUUCUCAAUUGUUGCUUAGUAACAAUAGACAAAGGGGUGGUAUUUUAUCAGUAUAAACAACAUAUUCAUAUCCUCGCCCAAAUCUCCAGCCAUCUGUGAAAAGAAAAAUGGAAGAAAAGAGUGGUGUGAACAGUUACCUUUGCCAGGGCUAACCAAAACCAUGUGGAUUCAUUGCUGAAGUGGCAGAAGCUUAUGUUCUGAUAAGGAAACUCUUGCCAACGGUGAUCUGAUUAAAGGAAUCCUUCAGGAAACAGCCCUGUCUCUGCUCCUCUCUGGAAGUACAACUCCAAGCCUAAUCUGUUCUGUUCACCUGAUCUUCAAAGGUUGCUUGCCACUAACCUAUUUUCUGCAGACUACUGGCUACAAGACUGAAGAGUAAACCACGCUGCUUUUCUUACCCAUCUGGGCCCCUUCAUGUAAAGAAAGGGUGUUUGGUCUAGAAGGUAACUUCUGAUUUGCAUUUAGAUGUCAUCAGGAAGGUGAACAGGACACUUACGUUCAUGUACUUUUCGAGAAUAGAGGGGGAUCUUCAGUUGAUAAAUUUCAGAAGCCAAGAGGGCUCAGUCUUCCCUCUCAAUUGCACUUUCCUUGGAAAAUCUGUUGUGACAAUGGGCAAGUGCUCAGGCAGAAUAAUUGCAGCAAAUGCAUGAAAGUAAAGCCUUAUGGCAACUCUUCUCCACCUUAUCUCCAUUUCCUUACUCUUCCUAGCUCCUCGAGAGGGGAGGCUGCUCAAUUUCUGAACACGGGGAAACCAUCCUCUCUUUUAAAAAUAUGUUUACAUGCUACAGUGCCAACCUCUGAGGGCUAAGAGGAUUGGAUACAGCACUGCUCUGAAUGUGAGGGUGAACCCUCAUGUUCCUGCAUUUAUCUUAAUUGCUGCUUUCUGGCUGUCAGUCAUGGGGGAAUUCUGCUGGCAUGAUGAUGCUGAAACAAGAAAGUGCAGAGGUGUCUUCUCUGCAAAUGAAGAAUUAAUGAAUUCCAGUUACCCCAAUAUUUUAGAGCCUUCGGUAUAACCAGAAAGCUUUUAGAUGCCCCCAGUAUCGUGCGGGUGGGGAGGACGGGGUGUGUGGAGAUUCAGGCAGCCUGCUGCUUCUUUCCUCCAAACCAUUACGCUCCAUGUGCCUAUCCAGGACCAGGACUAAACCUGGAUGUUUACGGUAAUUCUGUUUCAAUGUAAAUCUAUCCUGCUGUCAUCUUGGCACUCACUGGACUUCAGACAAGUGGCUCAUCUUGUCUAGAUCUGUUCUUUUCUUGUCUGUCUUUUAAAAAACAAAACAAAAAUGCAAGCAUUUGUUAAUAUUAUGUAACACAAAUGUUUGGGAGAUGUGUAUUUUUCUCUGUCUGAAAGGUGGUAUAUAUUGAGCAGUAUUCCCCACCCUUGGGUUCCCCAGAUGUGAUGGCCUACAAUCUCCAUCAUCCCCUAGUUAGCCAACAUGGCCAAUGGUCAGGGAAGAUGGGGGCUGUUGUCCAACAACAUCUAGGCAAAGCUGGUAGAGAGAGACAUAUUGUGUGGAAUAUCAUAAAGAAACAACAGGAGAAACAUUUUGUUCUUUGGGGAGAACCAUAGUGACAAUUUCUAUAGAGUGGAAUAGUGAAUCACAACUGUGCUGUAGCAUUCUACAGUUAGUUACUAAAAAGUCCUACCAACACCCCCCAGAAACCCCCCCAGACUGUAUUCUCUAUUAAACUGUACAAUUCCUGGGGAAGGUUUCUAAAUAAACAUUAUUAUUUUAGGACUAUCAAACUUAAUUUUAACU